GUGAAAUGAAAAACUCUGUAUCGAAGCUUUGAUUUAUUUAAGUUUUAUUUACAUUUAUUAUUAUUAUGUUAGUGAGUUAAAGUUACACAAUAUGUCGCUUGUAUCUUUCUGUUGUGGUUGCCUGAACAACGAUAGAAAAAUGACAAGCAUUGAAGAGUUUUGGAAGACACAAUAUUUAGGCGAAAUAAUCAACGAAGUGAAGAUGCCAAGUCAGCCGAGUGAGCCGUUACAGCUGUGUUACGAGUGUGAUGCGCUGCUCAUGAAGUUUGUGAAAUUCAAGCAACAAGUGACACAUUCUUUUAGUGUGUUGUGUGAAUAUUCACAGAAGAACAUCGAAAUACAACCCGUACCGCCAAAACUAACAUUAAGCCAUAAUAUACACAAUAUAAGUUUUCACCCUGAUUCUCCUAUAGGGGAAGAAACAGUUCACGAGAUAAAACAAGAGUUCGAAGUGAAAGUUAAAAUAGAGGAUAAUGUGUCGAUAAAUUCUGACCAUUAUGAUGACGACAGGCCGCUGACAGAGUUGAAAAAUAAGAAAAAAACUAAAAACAAAAAGAAAAAGAGAGAAAUAGAGUUGUAUAGAGAAGUGGAGUUGAAUUUGGAGGAGUUAGAAGAGGAGAGACGACAGCUAGCAAUGAAGGAUGAUUAUGUGAAUGCGAUGUUUAGAUGCGAAUCUUGUAUAGUAUCGUUCCCUAACGCUGAUGACCUAAGUGAUCACGUCAAGUUAAAACACGAACUGCACGCCACACACAAAUGCAACAUAUGUAGCCGAACUUACUCAUCAGAGGUCUCGUACAAUUACCACGCGAACAAACACACGCGCCGUUACGAGUGUACAUCUUGCAGUGACAAGUUUAGUAGCAAGCGAGCUGUGGUCAAGCAUUAUGAGCACGCGCAUUGUUGUGGGCCUGAAAUUCCACAUACAAUAUUGAAAGUGGACAAAAAUAGCGAUACGAAUGAUAGCUCCAAACAAGAGGCGUUCCCUUGCGAAUUGUGCCACAAGAUCUUCAAAUGGAAGACUUCUCUACGGAAGCAUUUGGAAACUCACAGGAUUGAGAUGGGUCAGAAACGCAGGCCUUAUUGCGAGCCUUGCCGCCUCUCGUUCUCAACGUCAGCCAAUCUGCAGAAACAUGUCAAGACAAGUUCCACUCAUCAGAUCAAGCUCAAAUUGAGGAAACUACAAGAACUCGAGCCGUUAGACGAAGCGACUCCGUCUCUGAUCUCCUCGUCGGUGCGUCGCUCUCUACAGCAAUACGCGUGUCCGCAUUGCGACAAGAAGUUCCAGUGGCGCGGGAACCUUUCCAGGCAUAUCAAUAGCCACAAGGACAGGGCGAAUGGCGAUCUGGUCUGCGAGCCGUGCAACAGAACAUUCUCGUCUAUUGCGACUUACAAACAGCAUAUGGCGAUUAGCAAGAAACACGUCAGCGAGAGCGAUUACAAACACAUGUGCAGCGAUUGUGGAAAGCGUUUCGCAAACAAGACUCAGCUCAAAGACCACGUGGACUGGGAACACCUCAAGAACUACACGCACACUUGCAAAGACUGCCACAAGGUAUUCAAGAGCUACACCUCACUAUAUCUACAUAAAGAGGUGGUUCACAGGAAAGAUGGCGCGGGCCACCUUUGCGACCACUGCGGGAAAUCUUACCCGAACAAAAGCAAGCUGCGCUGUCAUAUCACAGCUCUUCACAGCGGCACUUCGCCUUACCACUGUAGCAUAUGUCCAGCUCGGUUCAGCUGGCACUCCUGCCUCUCCAGACAUGUGAGAAGAGCUCAUCCCAAGAGGAAGAAGGAGGAGUGAUGUGUGUGAGAGAUUUUGUAAAUUUUUAAUAACACUUAGAAGACUCUAGAUGGCAAAAUGGUACGUCUAACUUCUGAUAUAUGUUGUGUACGGGGCAGUACAGUUGGCACUCCUGCCUCUCCAGACAUGUGAGAAGAGCUCAUCCCAAGAGGAAGAAGGAGGAGUGAUGUGUGUGAGAGAUUUUGUAAAUUUUUAAUAACACUUAGAAGACUCUAGAUGGCAAAAUGGUACGUCUAACUUCUGAUAUAUGUUGUGUACGGGGCAGUACAGUUGGCACUCCUGUCUCUCCAGACAUGUAAGAAGAGCUCAUCCCAAGAGGAAGAAGGAGGAGUGAUUUGUGUGAGAGGUUUUGUAAAUUUUUAAUAACACUUAGAAGACUCUAGAUGGCAAAAUGGUACGUCUUACUUCUGAUAUAUGUUGUGUACGGGGCAGUACAGUUGGCACUCCUGUCU